AAUCUGCGUUUUAAUUGUUUAACGACCAAUUGUUUUCUUUUUCUUUUUCUUUUUCUUUUUUUAUUUGAAGGAAUUGCCGUUGAAGAAGAUGAAGAGUAAUUGGAGGAAAUAAAAGGAAUAAUUAAAACUCUGGUAACAGUAAAUUCUUGUGACUUUUGUUGACAAUAGAAAUUUUUUCUUCUUUUUGAUUCUUUGUUUGUGUUUUGUGAUUUGGUUAAUUGGGUGAUGGAUUUUAAAAAUUAUUUCCUUGAUAAUUCAACGCGUCAAUCUAAAUAUGAGGACACUUUGCCUGAUCUAGGAAUCGAGGAGAACCAGGUGAUACCUCAUGAAAAUCAUUCCAGGAGAAAAAGAUUCUUGCAUGAAUCGAAAAAUUUUUUCACCAAACUGUUCACCAUGUUAACCAAAGGUUAUAAUGUUGUAGUUUAUGGUGUUGGAUGUAAACGACCACUUUUGGAACAAUUUAGAAUCGAAAAGCUGGACAAAUUUACCACUAUCGUUGUCUAUGGUUACAAAGAUAAUGGACAGCGACAAAUUUUGACCGCAUUUCAAGAAGCCCUGGACUGUAACAAACAAGACGAAGAAUCAAUUUACAAAAUCUCUAAAUCCAAGAGACCAAUUUUCCUGAUGAUCCAUUCAAUUGACCGACUUUUCUUACGAAGUGAAAGGAUCAAAGGUCUAAUCAAUCGUAUUUUAGUCUCACCCAUAAAAAAUGUUCAUCUCUUAGCCUCUGUUGACCAUAUCAACUCAUCUCUCCUUUGGACCUGCCGAGAAGUUGAUUUAUUAAACUUAUAUUGGAUUAACUUUCCAACCUUUGACGAUUAUUCAUCUGAGAAAAUCUUUGCCCAACUAAGUACAAGCCGAUCAUCUGGUUCAGCCAAACAACGAUCAGCGACAGCAACACUGAUGGCGGUGUCCAAUGUUUUCGACAAUUUACCAACCAAUUCCCAGAAUAUUUUCCUUCAGAUUUUAAACUUUUACCAAGAUCAUUUUGCGGCCAAUCAGUUGGAUCAACAAUCAAAAUCAACUGGACGUCGGAACAAUAAAGCCCAUGAAACCGAUGAAAGUGAAACCGAUGAAGACGAUGAAAAUGACGGACGAAAAGGCCAAAAAUCGAGUAAAGGUUUUGAAGGUUAUCCAUUCACAAAACUUUACCUUGAUUGUUUGGAAGCCUUUUAUGUCAAUUCGGAGGCCACUUUGAAAGCCCAAUUAGUUGAAUUCAUUGAUCACAAGUUAAUUCGUUCCCGAUCAGGAAGCGAUGGCUCCGAGUUCAUCGAAUUGUUAAUUCAGCCCAAAUUAAUACCCAAGUUACUACAAGAAUUAUCUCGUUAAAAGCAAUCAAAGACGAAGUCUAAUUGUAAUUAGACACAUUUUUUAAAAUCUUUUUAAUUAUUAUCAUUAAUAAAUGACCAUUUCAACUGAAAA